AUGUGUGAAACUAAUAUCACAUACAAUCACAUCCCUGUCCACUCAAAUAACACACUUACACCAUAUGUAUACCACAUAUCGCACGCGCCUACACCUCGACCGUCGUCGCCCUCACCCAUCGCGCCGGCACUUAAAGGCAGGGACGGCCGCAAUAGCGAUGAUAAUAAUAGCGAUGAUAACCAGGGCUGCCGGUGCCUGAGCUCCAUGUGCUGCUGCUGUUGCUGUUGUAGUCCGACAGAGUCGUCGUACGCCUCAUCGCCACCACCGGCGCCGUCCAUCGGCAACAUUGCCAGCCCUGACCGCUCAGACCCCAGUCCGGGCCCACCAAUGAUGCCGUUCUUCGCUGCCAACCACCACACGGGCCCUCCCGGUGCCGCCCUAUGGAACUCCAUCGGCUCAUCCAACUCGGCACAUCUCAGUGAUAAUAAUCAUCGACUUAGUGUAUAUUAA